AUGGAGUAUAUGGAAAUAGAAAAGAGUGAAGGUGCAGUCGAUGAUGACUCCGUCUGGAUGUCUGCCUCAAGUUUCACCAUAUUUACAAUGACAGCAGGCUUUGGAUUAUUAGAGAGUGGAAGAGUUGCUUCGAAAGAUGAGGUUAAUGUUAUGGUCAAAAAUGUCAUCGAUAUGAUAUUCGGAGGAUUGGCGUAUUGGAUGUUUGGCUUCGGGUUUACAUUCGGAUCAGCUGAAGCUUGCCCAUAUUUAGGAAUUGGAGAUUAUUUCUUCGAUCCUGAGAGAAAUGGUCAAUCUUCAUUGCAUUUGAAAGGAGAAUCAUAUGCUCUAUUCUUAUUUCAAAUGAGCUUUGCUACCACAACAGCUACAAUCGUAUCGGCUGGAAUGUCCGAACGUGUUCAUCUGAAAUCACAUUGUUUCGUUAGUUUUUUUGUUACGUUAAUACAUUCUGUUGCGGGACACUGGAUCUGGGCUGACGAUGGCAUUUUUCGGACAAUGGGCGUAGUCGAUUCCGCUGGUUGCAGUGCUGUACAUUUGGUAGGAGGAAUAGCGGGUAUGAUAGGUACAUUGUAUCUUGGGCCGAGGCAAAAUCGUUUCAAACAACCUAAACACAUUAGUGACCCUACUAAAUCCAUCUUAGGUUUAACAAUGAUUUGGUGGGGUUGGUUGGCUUUCAACACUUCCUCCAACUAUUCAGUUUCCAAUAAGCAGUGGACUGAAGGAAUAAGAUCCGCUGUCGGUACGGUCUUAGCUUCAGCUGGCGGAGGGAUUGUGGCCCUCAUCAUAACGCGGGUUUCAGUGAAAAAGAUUCAGAUCGAUAUGCUCAUUGAUGGAUUAUUGGCUUCAUUAGUUUCUAGUACAGCUGGAUGUCUGUUCUAUUCUCCUUGGCAGGCAACCGUAGUUGGCUCAGUUGGAGCUGCAUUGGCUCUAUUCAUGUACCCUGUGCUAGAAUAUUUUCAUAUCGAUGACCCAGUUGGUGUGAUUCCAGUUCAUGUUGUUGGAUCUAUAUGGGGAAUGUUGGCACCGGCUUUUUUCUUGAAUUCCGAUUUUGGAUUAGAAUCGCAUAAUGUCACAAACAUGGACAACCUCUCUGGUCUUUUCUACGGAGGAGGAAUUAAGUUGUUGGCACGUCAAGGCUUGGCCAUGAUUUGUAUAGCAGCCUUCUCCGCAUGUUCAGCUUUCAUAAUUCUAUUUACCCUUCAACAUUCGCCUGUAGGAUUAAGAUUAACACACUAUGAAGAAGAGAUGGGAGCUGAUCUUCGAGAACACGGCUUGGCCGGUGUUAACAUACAGCAAUAUACUGAAGAAAAAAAAUUAACUACAGAAACUCUCAGUGCUGUUCUUAUCAUGGUCGUUCGAUGGAAAAUGAAGGCAAGGGUUGGUGCCGAAAGACGACGACGACUCCAACAGCUCGCAAACAAGAAUGCAAUACAUCCAGCAGAGCAAUCUUUCUCUUCGGCUCUUCCGAUUUCUGACGGAAUGCUAAUAGUUCGGCGGAGGCAUAGCCAAGGACAGAUUGAGCCCAUGCAUGCUUCGGAAGCAUGA